AUCCAGAGCACAGACAUGGAACAAUACAUGGCACCACCAGAACUUGUCAGCAGAGGUGUUUCAGUUCCAAGAGCUUCAGCUUCAGACAUCAACGUAAACGCUCUCUACAAAAUGCCCGGGAUCUUUUUUUCUCAUCCUAAUGCUCUAAAAGAAGUUACCAACAAACCCGACGAAGUUAUGGCUCAGAAAAAGAAAAAUUUUGCCGUGCCGUGGAAAAACUACUUGAAAUCUAUGCUGCCCCAUCUGGAGACAAUUAAAUCAUCGUCUUCAUCAUCAUCAUCAGACACAGAGAAAAAUAAGCUUACCCCCAAUGAGAUUAUUCAGUGGACGAUGUCUCUGGAAAAACUCCUCGUAAGCGAAGAAGGACAGGCGGUCUUCAGAGCGUUUUUGAAGUCUGAGUUCAGUGAGGAAAACAUUGAGUUUUGGCUGGCCUGUGAGGACUACAAGGCAACCAACGAUUCAGAGGAAUUACGCUGCAAAGCUAACGUCAUAUAUCAAGAAUUCAUACAACCCAAUGCAAACAAACAAAUUAAUAUUGACUUCUCUACCAGAAAUUCAGUUACUAAAGAUCUCCUUGAACCCACAAAAGCAACAUUUAAUGGCGCCCAGAAGAUGAUAUUCAUUCUCAUGGAAAGAGACUCAUACCCAAGAUUUCUAAAAUCAGAAAUAUUUUUCAGACUUGCAGAAAGGCACCAUGGAAAUAAUAUGAGAGGAUAAAAAGGCAAUAUGAGCACAAACACACACACAUAAAUAUAUAUAUACAGUAUAUAUAUGACUUCCCAUGAGGCAAUUCUUUGAAGGAUAACCUUCAGGAGAACCAAAGGCCUUCUCAAGUGGUACUGGUACGAAGAGGAGGAGCAAAACCUGCUGUCCUGAGAGCUGGCGCUAGGACCAUGAAGACAGUUGUAUGGAAAGAGAAGAUAAGGCUUGUAUACCUAUAAGUUCCUGCUAGAAGAACAGAGAAGAUGGUUUUAUAGAGAAGUAUCACAAGGAUGUUUCCGUUGUCAAGCACAAAACAGGAACAAACAUUUUAUUUAUAAAUUUACUUAAAAAAAAGCAAAGAGAUUCUUCAUUCUAAACAAACAAAUUUCACAUUGACACCAUGCAUUCUGGAAUGUAAGAUUUGCUACUGUGAAUGUGUAAAAUAAUGUUUUCUGGUAUGGCAGACAAUUGUCCAGUCUACUUGGUAUCUGAUGAAUUUAUAUUUCCCUUUUAUGUUUCAUCCUAUUAUUUGUAAAAAUGUAUAUGUAUCUUAUUUUAAAAAGAGGCUCUUUUUCCAAUAUUUUAUAUAUUUAUUCAUAUUUUUUUGCACGUCCCCUAUUUAUGUUUCCACCAAAAAGCUGCCUGACAUUUUUAUAAGAUAGAACAAUAAAAUGAUACAUUUUUUUAAA